CGCUUGGGAAGGGGGAGUUAAACAGGGAGAGGAGAUGAUCGAGAUGGCGGCGGAGAAGGAGCCCUUUCUGGUGCCGGCCCCGCCGCCGCCGCUCAAAGAUGAGUCGGGUGGAGGGGGCGGCCCCGAGGUGCGACCGCCCCGAGAGGCUGCCUCCGGGGAGCUGCGCGACGGGACGGAACGCGGGCCGGGCCCACGCGCACACUCGGCCGGGGCCGCAGCCAGCGGAGGGGGCGGCCCCCAGGCGCAUGGGGAGCCCCACGGGCGAGCCGCCGCUCCUGCGGACGUGGGGGAGGAGCGACGGGGAGGGGGCGGAACGGACCUGGGCCCCCCAGCCCCACCUCGACCUCGCAAUGGCUACCAGCCCCACCGACCCCCCGGGGGUGGCGGGGGCAAAAGAAGAAAUAGCUGUAACGUGGGGGGAGGGAGCGGUGGAGGCUUCAAACAUCCGGCCUUCAAGAGGCGCCGGCGUGUGAAUUCGGACUGCGACUCAGUGUUACCUUCCAAUUUCCUUCUGGGGGGCAAUAUAUUUGAUCCACUGAACCUGAAUAGCCUCCUGGAUGAGGAAGUGAGUCGCGCGCUCAAUGCGGAGACCCCAAAGUCAUCCCCACUUCCGGCCAAGGGGCGAGACCCUGUGGAGAUCCUCAUCCCCAAAGAUAUCACUGACCCGCUCAGUCUCAACACUUGCACUGAUGAGGCCCAUGUAGUGCUUGCCUCGCCACUCAAGAUUGGUCGCAAGCGCCAUAGACACCGGGGACCGCACCACCAGCAGCAACAGCAGGCGACUGGAGGGAACGACAGUCAGGCCGUGCUGCCCACUGACCCUCUCACCCCUUCACUCCACGGGGAGGGUGCUACACAGCAGCAGCAACACGGGGGCCAGAACCGCGAUGCCCCUCAGCCCUAUGAACUGAACACAGCCAUCAACUGCAGGGAUGAAGUUGUGUCUCCCCUACCGUCCGCCCUGCAUGGUUCCUCAGGCUCCCUUUCUGCCCCUCCAGCCGCCUCAGUUACCUCUGCACCCUCAUCAUCCUCCCGACAUCGCAAACGUCGUAGGACUUCCAGCAAGUCGGAGGCAGGGGCUAGGGGUGGAAGCCAGGGUUCCAAGGAAAAGGGCAGAGGCAGUGGGGGAGGCCGGCACCACCACCCACUACCUGCAACUGGCUUCAAAAAGCAGCAGCAAAAGUUCCAGUAUGGGAAUUACUGCAAGUACUACGGCUAUCGCAACCCUUCCUGCGAGGACGUGCGCCUUAGGGUGUUGAAGCCCGAGUGGUUUCAAGGCCGGGACGUCCUAGAUCUGGGCUGCAAUGUUGGCCAUCUAACCCUAAGUAUUGCCUGCAAGUGGGGCCCAGCCCGGAUGGUGGGGUUGGACAUUGAUCCACGGCUCAUCCACUCUGCCCGCCAAAACAUCCGGCACUACCUGUCCGAGGAGCUUCGUCUCCAAGCUCAGACUUCUGAGGGUGACCCAGGGACAGAAGGGGAGGAAGGGACUACCACUGUCCGAAAAAGAAGCUGCUUCCCAGCCUCACUGACAGCCAGCCGGGGUCCCAUCGCUGCACCCCAAGUGCCCUUGGAUGGAGCGGAUACAUCUGUCUUCCCCAACAAUGUCGUCUUCGUCACGGGUAACUAUGUCCUGGACCGAGAUGAGCUGGUGGAUGCCCAGAGACCUGAGUAUGAUGUGGUGCUCUGCCUCAGCCUCACCAAGUGGGUGCACCUGAACUGGGGGGAUGAGGGGCUGAAGCGCAUGUUCCGCAGGAUCUACCGGCAUCUGCGCCCUGGGGGCAUUCUGGUCCUGGAGCCCCAACCCUGGUCCUCCUACUGCAGGAGAAAGUCUCUCACGGAAACAAUCUAUAAGAACUACUUUCGAAUCCAGCUGAAGCCAGAACAGUUCAGUUCCUACCUUACAUCCCCAGAGGUGGGCUUCUCCAGUUAUGAGCUUGUGGCCACACCAAGUAACACCUCCAGAGGCUUCCAGCGUCCUGUGUACUUGUUCCACAAGGCUCGAUCCCCCAGCCACUAAGUGGCCUUCUGAAUAGAAGGUGUGAAGAAGCUGCCCUUGCUGCUCCUGAGGACCUGGGGAAAGAGGGAAUUAUCCCAAGGUCUUUCCUGUCUAACUCCAAAAAGUUGCCUAUCUUGGAUCUGUAAAGAGAGCUUUUCCUAAGUUGCUUCCCCGUGUCUCUUCCUGACACCUCUGGCCCCUGAGCAAGCCCAGCUGCGCUGGAGUUACAUCAGCUUCCUCCCCCAGCUGCUGGGCUGGAUGGCAUGGACUGUUUGCCGACUCUGUCCUCCUAGGG